UGGGUUUCCGGUUCUGACCGUUUAUCCCCGUUAAGGCAAAAGAAAGGGCUUCAUGGCGAUAUACUAAAAAUAUAAAUAUUUAUAGACUGAAAGUGGACUUCCGGUUUGUUUAUUCGGUACCAGUUUCAUCUCGUUUACCCCGAAAAUCAGUGUGCAGUGUGCAUCAGUGUGCGUCAGUGUCUGAGUGGAUCAUGCCGAGCAGAGCAGCGGUGUUACGUUAGUAGAGUCAAAAUGGCGUCUGCUGCUUGGUGCACACGGCUCAACACCCGUUUAAUCCAUCUGUGAUUAGCCCGAUAACUAAAUUCAGACAACCCGGGACUUGUUUUGUUGUUGUUGUUUUCGGUUUUCUGCGCUGAUACAGUCGGCCCACAUUUCAGCGUCAUGUCGGACUCGGAGGAGGACAGCCAGGACCGGCAGCUUAAAAUCGUAGUGAUUGGAGACGGUGCGUGUGGAAAGACAUCACUCGCCACCAGGUUUGCACAGGAGGCCUUUGGGAAGCAGUACAAACAAACCAUCGGCCUGGAUUUCUUUCUGAAGAGAAUAAGCCUUCCAGGCAACUUGAAUGUGACAUUGCAGGUGUGGGACAUUGGAGGCCAAACGUUAGGCGGGAAAAUGCUGGAUAAAUAUGUAUACGGAGCUCAUGGGGUUCUCCUGGUUUACGAUAUCACCAACUACCAGAGCUUUGAGAACCUGGAGGAUUGGUUCAGCAUGGUGAAGAAGGCCAACGAGGAAUGUGAUACCCAGCCGGUUGUCUCGCUGAUUGGGAAUAAAAUCGACAUGGAGCACAUGAGGACAGUGAAGGCUGACAAACACCAGCGUUUCUGCCAAGAGAACAGCCUCGUCAGCCAGUUUGUAUCGGCCAAGACGGGGGACUCGGUGUACCUUUGUUUCCAGAGAGUGGCUGCUGAGAUUCUUGGUGUAAAGCUAAACAAAGCAGAAAUAGAGCAGUCCCAGCGUGUGGUGAAGGCGGACAUCGUGAACUACAGUCAGGACACCGUGGCCAGGACAGUCAACCCCCCACGCAGCUCCAUGUGUGUGCUGCAGUGACUCCUCUCCAGCACUUAAAGAUGUAAAAUUGCCUUCAGUCAGUAUUCGUCUUUCAGGAUUGUGUUCAGAGUGCGUUCUCUGUGUUCCCGUGUGUCAGUCGUACGGAUGAGAUGAAGAACAGACUGUGUGGUUUCGAGGCCUUGGCCUGUAGUUCGGAUAUUUAGCAGGAAUGGUUUCUCGGGUGGUUUACCAAAAAGGCAACAGGACCUUCGUUUUUGUUUUUCCAAGUUUACACGCAGCUAUCAUUUUUAUUUCUGUGAUUCACCUUAAAUACAUAUUAAAAAAAGACUUGAUUCAUAGUAUGAAGCUGGUUGUUUAAAGGAGAACAACUGUAAUCCCUCUGGUAAUUGAAAAUAUUUUUUAUAUAUAUACGUAUAUUUUCCUCUGCCAUUGCUAUUAGAGACAUUUGUUUAAAUGAUCAGAUAUAUUGCAGUAUAUUUCUAAAGAUUAAACUAUUUACAGCUGUCAAAUCCAACUGCAAAGUGGAUUUGUUGUUGGAGUUAAACAGGGAGGUGAAACCAAAUUAUCUUUUAUGUCUGAGGUGCUUCUCAGUUGAACAGAAGGGAAAUAGGCGUUAAAGAAAUGCCGUAGUGACUGAAAUUAAUCUCUUUCUUCAAUUUGCCAAUUAGGGGCUUGCACUAGCAGUGCUGUGACGUUAACUGUGUACUGUUAUUUUACAUAAAUAUAAUUCAAUUUUACAAUCUUAAAUCAAUAUUGACAUUUUAUAUUCAUCAGAUUAUACAAAUAAGUAAACAGUUUCUCCGUUGUCUAAAUGUUUUUUUGUAGAGUCUUUGUGGUAGUUUGAUUAUUAAGCUUUACAUUUUCACAUUGUGUUGUUAAAGUGUUGAUGAAGGUAGGUGAAUAUGACUCAGGAGUGUCAAACGUACAACAUUUUACAAGAGGUCUCUACAUAAAGCCUUAUUAAGCUGUCUGUUAUAGAACAGAAGUUUGAAGACUAGCUAUGAUGCAUGAAAUGCUUUACAAGACGAGGAUCUUCACUUUAUUAGCCUGUUUGACAGUUUGUUUAUUGUAAGAGACGACUGCGAUGUUGUACGUUUAACCAGUUUUGUCAAAGUAGUUUCUACAUGCUAGUACAUGUUGGCAUGAUUUAAUGUGUUAUCCACUGACUGAAAUAUGUAUUUGUACAAUAAAAGCUCCAUUUCAAAGCUGCUUUCAUUCUGAUCAUAAUAAUUAAGAAUGUACAGGUGAAAGAAUGCUUAGCUGAUGUUAAACAGCCACAGAGUUUUGUGCUUCUAAAUAAAAAUGCUACAUGGAAAACAAGAAAUGA